AAACCUCCUCCAGCAGGAGGCGCUGUGAGCUCUGAUAAAAUGCUUCACUUCCGGGAUAAUGACGCGAUGAGAUUGUAGCAUCGGUGCCGAACAAAAUCACAUCCCAGGGUGAUGGGGCCAGAUAGUGCCCCAGGUCCAGCUGUGCCCUGGCGGAAGGUGCUGUGGGAACGCCAGCCCUUCCCUGAUAACUACGUGGAUCAGCGGUUCCUGGAGGAAUUACGGAGGAAUGAGGGCAUCCGGCAGUACCGUUACUGGGCUGUGGUGAAAGAAGCUGGCUUUGUAGGACAGCAGCUGUCCUGUGUGGCCAUUUUUAUCACCCUAUGGCUCUACAUGGAACAGGGUCUGCUGUCUCCUGUGACGCUGCUGUGGACCAGCCUCGUCUGCUCCCUGCUGGGUUAUGGACUGCAUCAGCUCUUGUCUUCUAAAGUCGAAUCAUGCAGCGAGCCCAGGACCCAUCUGGCUGAUCUACAGAGUGCUGCUAUUUUCCUGUCCUUCACGUUUGGCUUCUCGCCAGUUCUUAAAACACUAACGGAGUCCGUGAGCACGGACACGGUGUACGCCAUGUCUGCCGUGAUGCUGCUGGCCCACUUGGUGUCAUUUCCUUACGCCCAGCCCUCACCUCCCGGCAUCCUCUCCCUGAAUGCUGCCCUGUUUGCCUCGGUGUGUUUAGCCUCGAGGUUACCUGGGGCCCUGCACACCUUCGCCAUGCUCAGCUGUGCCCUGCUGGUGUUUGCCCUGUGGCCCUGCCUGCUGCAGAGGUUGAGGGAGAACACUCCCAGCCAGUUUACAGGGGUGUGUGUGGGAGUGUGCAUCGCAGGGGUAGGAGGUUUGGGGUCGCAGUCGCCAGGGGGAGCCGUGCUCUUAGCGCUGGCCUUAGGGAGUGUUACACUGCUCUGUCCAUUGCUGCUCGUUAGGCUGCAGAGGCACAAAGACAACAUCCACGGACCCUGGGAUGAGGCUGAGAUUCACGAGGACCUCAGCCACUUCCUUCACUAAUCAGACAGAGCCAGGACUAACACAGGCUGCUCCUGACAAACUGACAUUUAAGGUGUGAACCAAUGAUUUUUUAUACUGUCAGACUGCAGUUUUGUUGGUGCUGUACAUUUAAACUGACAACUCUUUCAUCGCUGGUCCACGUCUGUCUGGACAGCCAUAGCAACACUGACAUUCUCCAUCUGAGAACACAAUGUUUUUAAUGUUAAAGCUGCUACUGUACUGUAACCAUCAACCUCAAAGUUUAUAUGGAUGAUCUCGACUUGUGCAAAGCUGACUAACCUCACUGGACACACUAUGAUGCUAUGCACCAGUCUGAUAUCAGUGAUGUUUAAAUAAUCGGUGGGAGAUGUGCCAUGUUUUAGGGGUUGCUCGUGUUGUAUCUGAAUACAAGGGCUCAAGACAUUUAAAAAUUAAUAGGAUUUUAAGAUUUCGAGAGGUAUUUUUUAAAGGAGCUGCAGUAUUUCCUCAGUGUUAUUCAAUACAAUACCACAGGAGGCCAAUUUUUACCUCCACUGUACUGCAAAAAGCUCACUGUAAUCAUAUUGGAGCUAUGUCCUCAUUUUUUUACUGUCAGACAUACUCAUUGAUCAUGUUAUCUGUUUAAAAUUUGGGUCACAAGAUGUUACUUUUUGAGAUUUGAAGACACCGGUUUUGUAUACAAAUCUGUAUUGAGGGCUAAUUUCUUCAGCAGUUAAUUAGAAUAACAAAGCCACCUGUUAUGCUUUAAAAUUCUUCUCCAGUCAUUAAUUUAACCCUUAGGAAAGUCCUUUUUCUGCAUCAAAGUUACAAAUGUAGCUGUUCUCUCAAUGGAAAAAACAUGCCUGCACACUGUUGUCUGCGCUGCAUAAGGGCAACUUGUGACAUUAGAGUAUUUCCUGCUCGAAACCAGAAACCGAGGAUGUCUCCAAGUACCCAUACUUUGUAGUAAAAUUUGCCCUGCAAUCCAAAUCACAUACUUUUUCCUUUUUCUGCUACAGCUGUCCUUAUGCAGUGAACAUACAGUUGGGAGAUGGUAAUUUGCCAUUAUAUUGCACCUUUAAGCUUUGACUGUGUGGCUCUUCUGUCGUAAUCUGCAGUGUGAAAUCGUUAGUUUGUGCAGCUCAAGGUUGUAACUCGAACAAGACACUACCAUAUGUGACGUGUCUUAUAGUGAGCAGAGGAUACUGCAAAAUCAGACUAAAGGUAGUUGGAUUUUGUGGUAUUUUUGGCAUAUUGCAUGUUUUUUUUCUGGCGUGCUACAGUAUGAUAGUACACAACCAUAAUUUAUCCCAAUACAUAGUGUGGUAUGUCAAAUGCAGUCUGUCAAAAAUAUCCCACUACAUCCUGUCUUAUUUUGCAGCAUUUAGACAAAUAAUAAUGGCAUGAAACCCUACAAACUGACAAGAUUGUUUUGUGAGGCUCAUUAUGUAUGAAACCAUGGUACACUGCAGCUUCAACGUGAAAAUGCUACAAAUUUUGCUCAUGUUGUGUCCUCUAACAUAUUAGAAAAACAUUAUAUGAACACGUUAACAAGAUACAAACUAUAUUUUCACCAGACGGGGUCUUUAACAUAGCAGUAUUAGAGCGCUAAUCACCUGCCAUAGGAAGCAGAAAGCUGCUGGAGUGGGAGUCAAACUGUCAGCCAUGAUGCCUUCAGUCCAGACACUAAUCACAUGGUCAAACACCUCUGAUAAUGUACAAACCUUGCUUAAAAAAAGUUCACUUCCCCUUCAGAAUGUUGAAAUAUUAUUAAUUUAACCUAAACACCUUGAUUAUACUUCAUGCCACUGUCCUUCUUUUGUGUUCAGCAUUUGCUGUUCAUGAAACUGGAAUUACUGUUUAUUUUUAAUUCUUGUUUCAAUAUAUUAAAAUCAACUGCAUAUCUA